AUGGAGGGGCCUUUGUUGACCAAGAGUGAGCACAUCGUUGACACUACAAUCAUCGGAAACUCUUCAUCAGUCGAUGAUCAAACACCACAUGAGGUUGUUGAACGGGGUGAUCCAUAUGCAGAUCAAAGUUUUUGGAACCCAAUCGAGUUUGUUGUGACUAUUGUCCAGAUUUCUGCAGCGUCAAUACUUCUGAUUCAGCCAAGAGAUCAAGAACAUCCACAAACAAUAUUGUUGAUAUGGAUCAUCGGUUAUACCUGUGGUUGUAUUGCCACUCUCCCUAUCAUAUGUUGGCGUUUUUGGUAUUAUAACCGAAGUGUUAGCUCUCAAUAUGCAGAAGAAUACUCAGGAGGAACAAGAAUCAAUGCGGUGAUGGACACGUUGAAAAUGGUGCUUGAAUAUUUCUUCGUGAGUUGGUUUGUGGUGUUUGUAUGGAAUUUUAUGGUCAACCCAUCAUCUCUAGAUGAUACUACUACUCAAUUCUUCUGGUUAAUUACGGCUCUCCUUACUUUCAGUUUCAUCAGAUAUGUACUUGUGAAUCUAGCAUGUGCAGUGGUCUGUUACUUGUUGCCUGGGACCUUAUGUCUUCUCGCCGCUAGGGAAGUCCUGGAAAUCAUAAUGAGGCUUAUAGGUGCAUUCCUUGCGUGCAUCUGCCGUUAA